AUGAUAACAGAAUUCAACACACUGACAAAGGAAUCUUUCCAAAACAGCUACAAGCCAAAGCCAAAACCAAAUCCAUACUCAAGAAGCCAUUUGUUCAAUCAAGAACCAUCUCGAAUUCCCAACUCGGCCACCUGCAGAAACAGAAAUCAAAAUAAAAAGGAACUUUCAAGGCUUGUCUCAGUUGGGUCAACCACUGAUCUGGGUGGCAAUUGUGUCAAUAAGAGAAAUUCAGUGAAAAGGGUGAUGAAAGAAGAAGUGAGUGGCGUUUUGUCGCGCAACAAGUUGAAAUCACAGGAAACAAAAGAAAGAAGGAAGGAGAGAAGGGUGUUUUAG